CUUUCGAGUUUGUUGUUUCGUUUCGCAGAGUCUCGAGUGCAAGUGCAGAGCCAUUUUCUAUACCAUUUUCAUAUCAAAAAUUUUGCAGUGUACAUUGCGUGAUUCGUUGUGCAACAGAGAGAGAUUGGUGAAAACGAUUUGACAUUGAUUGAAAUACAAUAAUAACUGGGCAAAAUGAUGAAAUUGUCCAUUUGCUGGAUGCUGUUGCUGUGUGCGGCCCACUGUGCGUAUGCGCAAUAUCAGGACUACACCACGCCAGUGCCCAUCCUCAAGCAGAUCGACAAGCACAACGACGAUGGCUCCUACACCUAUGGGUACGAGGCAGCCGACAAGAGCUUCAAGAUCGAGACCAAGUACGCCAAUGGAGAGGUGUACGGCAAGUACGGCUACGUGGACGAUCAGGGAAAGGUUAGGGAGAUCGAGUACGGGGCAAGUAAGCGUGGCUUCGAGCCCGCUGGCAGCCACAUCAAUGUGCCGCCUCCGACGCUGAGCAACAGCAAUCCGUAUCCGCUUGGCCCCAAUGAAAUCGACGACGGACAGUACAGGGAGGAUCCAGCUGUGUAUUACAAGGACCAGAAGUUCAAUCGCCCAGCAAUUGCCCCCAGCCGGUUCUCUCUGGGAGACUUUGGGCGAGGACAGCAGCACCAGCAGCAGCAGCAGCCGUCGUAUGCCCCAGCACCGCAGCCUGCACCCCAGCGUCCGUACUACAAUCCGACGCCGCAGUACUAUAAUCCACCCGCACCACAGCCGCGCUACUACCAGCCCCCGGCGCCAGCCCAGAACUACUAUGCCCCACAGCAACAGCAGCAGCAGCAGCAGGCGCAGCAGUUCCAUCCAGCGCUGCGUAAUCUGAACUUAAAUACGGGCUCCUACAGCAUCGAUUACACGGGCAGGAAGUAGGCGAAUCGGGGGAUCAGCAUCUGGACAGCAUCAGAGAGAUAGCGACUGAAGUGUCCGAGGACAAUGUCAACUUCACUACUGCCAAAAAAAUCAGUCACUCCGAAUAUACAUAUAUCCCACACACACAUCGGUUACUACUAAAAUACAGAUACUAACUAAA